AUGACGAUCGGCACGAAUUUUUCGACGAUUUCGUCUUCGUCUUCGUCUUCUCCUCCUCCUUCUCGUGAAAAGGUGGUGAAAAGGUGUGGUGCUUCGAACGACACCUUUUCUCGAGGAUCGUUCGUAAAGAAGAAAGGAGACCAAAGAAGAAGAAUUCUGUUGAGGCCAAAGGCUGCCUCGGUGGCGCCGAUGGAAGACGCCGCGCCGCCGCCACCGCCAGGGAAUAAACCACCAACCGAUGAUAACUGGGGGAACGGGGGAGGUGAUGGAGGUGAUGAUGGUGAUGGCGGGAGCAACGGAAGCGACGAUAACUUCUCUGGUUCUUUGUUCGUGCCGUUUGCCUCGCUGGGCGUGGCGGCUAUCGUAGCCUCGUUUCUCGCGAAGUUCGUUCGAAUCGAAAGCGAGAAGAAGGUGAAAGAGGAGAACGAACGGAUGCGACGGAACGCGAAUUUACCGACGAGUGCGAUGAAGCCACCGGAUGGAAAGAACGUCGUGUACGUCGGGCAGAAGCAAGACGAGGAAAGAAGGCGAGUGACGGAGAACGUGGAGAGAAAAGAGAGGGAGGAAGAAUCGAAGAGGAAGAAAGCGGCGAUGGAUGUGGCGACGACGACGACGACGACGACGACGAAAAGUAGCGUCGGUACAGAGACGACCAAUAAUAAUAACAGUAGUAAAGCGAGUAGCAAUAGCAAUAGCACGAAAGCGCCAAAGCAGUCGGCGGAAGAAUUGAUGGCCGAAGCGAUGCGACACUACGUAGAUUUGGAAACCGAGAAGAAGGAAAAGGACGAGAUCGAAGCGAGGGAACGACAAGCGUUGGAGGAACUGCAACAGAUUGAAGAGAUUCAACAGCGCGCGGAGAAGCAGCAGCAACAACAAAUACAUCAAUCGCGAAAGCCUGCACCUCCAUCAUCUGUACAACAACAACAACGUCAACAACAAGAAGAGACGUUUGAUAUUCCAGCUCCGAUGCGAGGCAAAUCGCACGAGAGCAACAGCAUAAACACAAGAAGUCCGCGCUUGAUGCGCGCGUUAUCGCUGGCGGCGGACGCACGCGCGGCGGCGGACCAAGCUACAGAGGCUGCAGAAGCUGCGGCGUACGCUGCCGCGGAACUCCAAGCGACGCUCGUAGAUCGAGACGGUCCUCCGUUGAACCGUGAAAAAUUCCGAAAGGAAUUUCGACAGCGAUUGGCGGCCCAAUACGACGACGACGACGAGCAGCAUCAACAACAACAGCGUUACAGAAGCGGACGAUAUAGCGGUAGCAGUGGUAAUAGCGCAAACGGGGGGUACGGUGGUCCAUCGUCUUCUGUUGGCGCGCCGAGUGGAAGAAGAUCCAUGCACCACCAACAUCGACAACGACAGCAACAAGAACAAAGACGAAACCAAACCAAAUCGCAAAAACUCCUGGAAUCCACGGAAAUGUGGUUGAGAGAUACCGUCAUUCCAACUGCGAAAAUUGCAACCGUGAAGACGGUCGAAUUCGCUCGAGAAAACUACCCGCACGUGAAAGAAGCGACGUUGAAAACCGUCUCUGCGGCUAAACAAGAAGCUGACAAAGUGCGCUCGACUGAAAAGUUUAAAAAGGCUGAGUCCUUCCUCAAAGAGAAAACGAAAGGCAUCACGCGAGAGGUUGAAAGAAUCGCCAAGAAAACCAUGGAAGAGCCGACGGUGAUCGUAGAUGAGUUACAGAAAGGCGCGAAAGACAUGGCGCGAGAGAGCGUACAUCUGUGGGACAAGCACGUCGCGCCGAUUGUCGUCAAUCCAGAGUUGGUGGCAGACGACGAAAAAAACAAGAAGAAUAAGAACAAGAAGAACAAGAAGGAUAACAGAAAGCAUUGA